UACUAAUAAAUAUGAAAAGUUAUAUGAUACAAUUGUAAUCGUCGGAAAUUGUAACAAAAUAAUUUGAUUUGGCAAAGAUACAAAAGAAUAUUAUGAUUACGUCCAAAUAAUUUGUGUUUGUGCAACGUUGCUUAAUGUUCUAAUAAUUAAAAAAAAAAUAAAAUAAAUAACAACGUGGAUAAUGGCUGAAAAUGUUGUUCACUGCGAUGACGAAUUUGUACAUUCCAUCAAAACAUUACUCUGGGGCAAUACUGUUAAAAAAGAUGUUUUUAAACGAUGGGCUCAAGGAUUUUACUUCAGCCCUGAUGAGCCAACAGCAUUGAUACAAACAGAAGGUGGUCCUUGUGCAGUAAUAGCUCCUGUCCAAGCUUUUAUUUUAAAAGAAUUACUUUCUGAGACUGAUGUUUCAACAUGGAAAAAUAUCAAUUUGGAUACAUGUUACCAGCUCCUUGUACGAGCUUCUAUAGAAAUUUUAAAGCAAGCAGCUGGGGAGAAAGUUCCAAAGUUUUGUAUUGUAUUUAUGGAUUGUAAAUUUUCGAAUGAAGAUAAUGGAAGGAAGGCUAAAUGGGUGGAAAAAAUACCAGAAAUUGAAAAUCGUGAAGAAGAAAUAAGCGUAGCAAAUAGUGAAAAUCGAGAAACAAAUAAAAAGAUAUUACUGAUGGAUAUGAAUGAAGAAUGCAGAGCCAUAGAUUCUGAUCUCUUCCAUUCUCAAUUGAGGUUAUUUACAACAAAUACUUCUGAACAUGUAGAAGAAUUUUUUUUAGAAAGGUUAGAGAUGUUAAAGGAUAGAUAUGGUAUCUUAUUGCUUCUUUAUAGUGUAAUUGUUACAAAAGGUGUCACUGAAAUUCGUUCAGAAAUGUCGGAUCCCUUAGAAUCAAUGAUUGAUUCAACAUAUGGUUAUGGGAAUCAGAGUCUUAUAAAUUUGAUGCUCACAGGAAGAGCAGUUAGCCAUGUAUGGGAUCAUGAUCAAGACGUUGGAGGACUAAAGUUGCGUGGGAUAGAUAAACAAAAUCCUAUAGGAUUCCUUGCACUUCUUGAAUAUUUGUGUUACUGUGAAGUUGGAACUUUCUUAAAAUCCCCAUCAUAUCCUAUUUGGGUAUUGGGUUCAGAAACUCAUUUGACUGUGCUAUUUUCUACUGAAAAAAGACUUGUGAGCCCUGAAACACCUGCAGAUCAAGCGAAAAGAAUUUUUAGAAAAUUCGAUCCUGAAGGAAAUGAUUUUAUCUCUGCCAAUUUAUUACAAGAUGUUCUCGCUGAACUUGGACUGGUUACAGACACAGAUUAUGUCAACGUAAUGCAGAAAAAAUUGGAUACUGAAAAUUUGGGAAUUAUUCUACGUACUAACUUUAUGGAUGAGUUCUUUCCUGAAGAACCACGAACUUGUCCAGAUACAUUUCCAUUGUACCAUCACAAUAGUCUCCAACACAGCAAUCCAGAAAAUAAAGUAAAAUAUCAUAAAGGUCAAGCCGUGUUACUGGAGUGCACUAUCAAGGGUAUUAUGGAAAGCAAUCCUAUGUUAACAGUACUUCAAACAAAAUGGCCCAGAAUUGAAGUUCAAUGGGAUAUUGGGCAGAAUCCGAGCCUUAACUAAUAAAUUCUGCUCACAUUCUGACGAAUUAUUUUUAACUAUAUCAUUGGAGUUGUUGUACAAGGAAAUAAGUAACAAAAUUAUAAAAUAGUUUGAGGAGUACUUAAAUUUGCAAAGGAGUUUUUGUGUUUGAGAGCUCUAAACAAAAAUCAUUAGAGAAGGAAUUAGAUUUAAAUAAAGAAAAAUUGUUUAAUAUACUUUAUGUUAAAUAGAACUUUAUUUAUAAAUUAUAAUAAUUGAAUAAUUUUACUAAUUAUUUAGAUUAGAAAAUAUUCUUUUACAAAUGAAAUGAGAUUUAAAUAUGUAGUAUUGUUUUAGAAAUAACUAUUCAACGUACUAUUAACAACUUCAAGAACAUAUAUGUUGAAGUUUAAAAUUAUUUGAUGUUGAUGUUAAAAAAAUUAAAACGAAUUUACUAAUAAACAAAAGGAAAAGGAUAUGCGAAUGCUAGUAAUAAACAAUAACAAUUGCAAGUGAAAUGUAACGAAGAAAAUAAUAAUAAUAAUGUAGUAAGAAAAAGUGUGAAUAUUCAGAUAAACAAAGUAAUAAAAAGUAGUGUAAAGAAAAAAAUCAAUUGAAAAAAAUAAUGCGAAAAUAAAAUUGUAGACAAUGUACAAAUCUAUGUAAAUCGUAUCCAUGGCUAAAUGUACACAUAGGUAGAUCAAAGUUAUAAUCUAGUCAUUGUAUCGACA